UUUGGUAAAUUGCUUGCGUAUUAUGCGGCAUUAGAAUUACGGAUAAUGUAGUGAGUUAGUAGUAAUAUUUAAUAUAGUAUAAUGGUUUCAAUAAAAGCACCAUGGUAUUAAUAUAAUGUGACCUAGUUUAGUUAAUUUACAUUGCACGAAACAUAUUUCUUUUAAAUAAUCAAGUGACGUUUGACAAAGCAAAAAUGGCAUCCACGGAGCAAAUCCAAAACAAAACGUGGGAACUUUCUUUAUAUGAAUUACACAGAAGUCCACAAAUAGCAGUGGUUGAUAACACAGAAAUCGCUGUAUCUCCUCGUAGUUUACACAGCGAACUCAUGUGCCCAAUUUGCCUGGAUAUGCUCAAGAAGACAAUGACCACUAAAGAAUGCUUACAUAGAUUUUGCUCAGACUGCAUUAUUACAGCUCUGCGCAGUGGAAAUAAAGAAUGCCCCACUUGUAGGAAGAAACUAGUCUCCAAACGUUCUUUGAGACCUGAUCCAAAUUUUGAUCUCCUAAUCGCCAAGAUUUAUCCUAGUAGAGAUGAGUAUGAAGCUCACCAAGAGAGAGUCUUGGCUAAACUAAAUAAAAGUCAGUCUCAAACAGCGCUUGUGAAUUCUAUCAAGGAAGGAAUACAAUUGCAAUCGCAGAAUAGACCACAGAGAUCUAGAAAAAAUUUGGAUGAUACAACAAAUUUGAAUCAGGCUCCUCAGACAGAGCAGGCAGUAUCUAAAGACAACUUAUCCACAAAUACGAGUCAGUCAGCCAGUCCACUUAAUUUGCCACAAAGUUCGGCAUCACAGGUACCUUCAAAUCCAGCUUCAUUGAGGAGUACUCCAUCUCCUGUUCCUUCAAAUGUGAGUUCCACGAGUAAACCUCAAUCAAAGAGGCCUAAGUCGGUUUUGACUUCAGAAAAGUCAGAAUCAGAAAGUAGUAUGGAAGGAAACGAUAGUAAUUUAGACACAGAAGGCGAAAGCAUUGGUGAACCUAGUGUCAAUGAAAUUGAAUUAGUUUUUAAACCACAUCCAACGGAGAUGACUGCAGAUAAUCAAUUGAUGAAAGCUCUGAAGGAGAAUUCUAUACGAUAUAUAAAAACCACAGCAAAUGCUACAGUUGAUCACUUAAGCAAGUAUUUAGCCAUGAGACUGACAUUAGAUCUAGACAGUGAACUUCCUGACACAUACAGAACGCUGAACUUCUGCAUAUACAUUGCUCCUGCACCAGGUCAAUACUUAGUAUUGAGUGGGAACCAAACUUUAAGACAAGUUAAUGAUAAAUUCUGGAAGGUGAACAAACCUUUGGAAAUGUUUUAUUCUUGGAAAAAAACAUGAGAGAUAAAUUGCAGUCAAGUUCAAAUGAUUUGCAAUACAUAUAUUUUAUG